UACCGCAGGGCGGCGCUUCUCAGAAAGCGAAAGCAGCCACGAGAGCGGAGGGAGCCGUAGAAGGAGGAAGCCCGACAGGCGACGCGACCCUACAGCAUCAAGGAUCCUUCAGAGCGGCCCUGUCAUGUCUGCGGGAGGCCCCAGUGAUGGGUCUGCACCCCUGGCCACUUCUACCUCCUCCCUGCCGCUGGCUGCGCUCAACGUGCGAGUGCGGCGCCGCCUGUCGCUUUUCUUGAACGUGCGGACACAGGUGGCCGCCGACUGGACCGUGCUGGCUGAGGAGAUGGGUUUCGAGUACUUGGAGAUUCGGCAGUUUGAGGCGCGCCCGGACCCCACCGGCAGCCUACUGGACGCCUGGCAGGGCCGCCCUGGAGCUUCCGUAGGGCGGCUGCUGGAGCUGCUCACCACGCUGGGCCGUGACGACAUACUGGUGGAGCUGGGGCCCAGCAUCGAGGAGGACUGCCAGAAGUACAUUAAGAAGCAGCAGCAGCAGGAAUCAGAGAAGCCCUUACAGGUGGCCAGAGUAGACAGCAGUGUACCAAGGACAGAGGAACUGUCAGGCAUCACCACACUUGAUGACCCCAUGGGGAAAGUGCCAGAGCGUUUUGAUGCCUUCAUCUGUUACUGCCCCAGCGACAUCCAGUUUGUGCAGGAGAUGAUACGGCAACUGGAACAGAUAGAAUAUCGGCUGAAGUUGUGUGUGUCUGACCGUGACGUCCUGCCAGGCACCUGUGUCUGGUCCAUCGCUAGUGAGCUCAUUGAAAAGAGGUGUCGCCGGAUGGUGGUAGUUGUGUCAGAUGAUUACUUGCAGAGCAAGGAAUGUGACUUCCAGACCAAGUUUGCACUCAGCCUCUCCCCAGGUGCCCAUCAGAAGCGCCUGAUCCCCAUCAAGUACAAGUCAAUGAAGAAGGAGUUCCCCAGCAUCCUGCGGUUCAUCACUGUCUGCGACUACACCAACCCCUGCACGCAGUCCUGGUUCUGGACCCGCCUUGCCAAGGCCUUGUCCCUGCCCUGAAGAAGACUCUGGGACCCCUGGGGUGCCUCCCUCUGUCUCCCUGUCCAUGUGCUUCUGCUGGUGCUUCCUCCUGGGAUUGUGGCGGGAAUCUGUACUCCACUCACCUCUCUGUUCCUAGAGUUGCCAACUCCACAGAUACAUCUGUCGUAGUCAGACAUCGUGUGGACCCCACCUCUUCUGUCCUAAUGGAACCACCAUUAAGAGUGGUUAUCAGCCAGGACAAUGAAAACCAGGGUCAGCUCUAAGUAAGAAGAGGAGUAGCUGAGUCACCUCUGAGCCUUUCACACAUCUUCCACCUCGCUUUCUGCACGAUGUGGAGUUUGGGUGGUAGCUGUGUUCAAAUCACUGCUGGAAAAGGUUGAGUAUUGCUCUGACUGAGAGAGAGCUGACUGUGGGUGGACCACAUGCUGGCCACCAGUGGGACCACGAGCCUGCUGGGGCAGCUGCUUCCACAGUGGCACCUAUUCACCACCUCGCAACCCACUUCCUCCUCUCUGUAGGGCAGUUGAGGAAGCUGACUGAUCCUUAUUGCAGAUCCUGCCUCGAGCCUGAUUCUCUAAUGGUCUUCUCUCAGCUACAUCUUUGACUCCUCCCAGCCUCUGCACCAAGAGACCAUCCUGAGCAGCUGGUGCUGCUUUUCACUUCCACUCAUCCAGAUGCCUGUCAGCUCUCCUCAGUUCUUCUUGGCCUGGGUUGGCAUCCUGGCCUCUGACAUAUCAUCAGAUAGGGGCUCUGGGGUUGAGUCACCAGGGUCAUGUCAACACAGAGCCUUCUUCCCUGGGUCACCCACAGAGAGCUUUCCCACUGUCUUUCUAUAUUUCCAUUGCCUUUUUUACCAACAAACAGAAGCCACAUAGGAGCAUCCUUCCCCAAAGCCUGUGGGCACAUGAGCACCCAUAAUCUUCCCCGCAUGGGCACAUACAAGUUGACUCAUGCACCCUCACACACAGAGGUACCUGCAUGUACAUGUUUCUCUGCAUGUACCAUGCAUCUCCCAGGGACACCUGCAUGGGAAAGUCCCACCAUCAAGGGGGCCUGGUCAUCUUCCUGGAAAAGAAUGGGUGCUCUUGAUUCCUUUCUUCUCUUUUCUCUAUUCAUUAAAACCAAAGUCUGGAAAGGGUCCAAGUUGCCAGCAUUUUCCUUCAAUGAAGGCCAGACAGAGUAGGGAGAGCUCCUCGAACUCACAGCAGGCGUGGACAUUUUCUUCCUCCCAAAGUGGCUUGUACCUUCCCCUCAAGUUCUCUAUGAGGGAGAAAAUGUCAUGGUCCCAGGUCUUUGUGCCCCAGGGCAGACCCCAAGGCCCUAAAUCUGAUAGCAAAUUGCUUUUCUGCUCCUCCUUGGCCAGGCUGGGGCAAGGUGCCUUCCCAUAGGAUUCCAAGAAGGAAUAGAGACCACUGACUGCAUGAUUGCAGUGAAGCCCUUAGAUGCCUGCAUCUGUCCCCCCUUUGAUAUUGAACAUUUUAUAGUAAUUUCAAGAAAGCACUAUCUACCCCUCUUUCAUAUGAUUUGUGAGAAUUUCAAAGAGAUCUGAGAAAUGCCUGUAUUUGUCAUUUAUCUUUCUCUAUUCUGGGUUUAUAAUAAAGAAUAUUCUAUUUUGGGAA